AUGGAAGAAAGUGAUGAACCUGAACAGCCUAUCUCAUUAGGGAGGCAGGAAUUUAGAAGGAGAAGACGACCCAGCCAACCAAUGGUAGACAAGUCCCAGCAGACUGAUACACCAGAAAAAAAGAAACCCAUGGCUGUAGCACAACCUCCUCUCCCCAAAGCUACCCUCAGUAUUGGUAAUAUUUCUGGAAGCAAAGACAACUACUCUGCAAAAGAAUAUGAGUCUCUUAGGCUGUCUUCUCAACUUCAACAAACUUGGGUGAAGAGAAAGCGUGGCCUGGAAAUGACUGAUAAGUCUCUGCAGACGGAGGCUUCUGUGGAAGAAAAAGCGAAAGCCAUACUCACUGAUAAAACACUUACCCUUGAAGAAACCUCAGCUGGUGUUGGAGAAAUAGCUCCUGAAUUGCCACAGAGUGUUCCAGAAGUAGAGAUUCCAACAAGCAGAUCCACAGCUUGGUUAAUAGACAGAUCUCAGCAGACCAGCUGUACUGGGGACUGGAGUGUGUUGAACAUUUGCCCAAAAGAUACAGUGGACAAAGAACAACAGACAUACUUCAGUGAGUUAGAAAUUACUAUCAUGAAUAUGCCAGGUAGUUCCCUGAUUAAGCCAAAUGAGGAAAUAACACCUGUUAUACAAGAGGACUCCUUGUUUGAAGUAGAUGGUUCUCUUGAAAUAGAGGUAAUGUCAGCUGAAAAAGUCCCUGAUGCCAUGAUGCCUUUCACUGCAGGGGCGUUUUCUGGUGAAAUCCAGGCUGUACCAACUGAUGAGCUUCCUUCUGAAGCCCCUGGUGACAUUAGUCAUCUGUCAGUGGAAGGGGCCCUUUCAUAUGAGCCUUAUGAUCAACAGUAUACCCAAGCUGAGGUGGAUCAUGAAGAAUGUCCUAUUGAAAUUGUGAUUCCAAUCACAGAAGUGUUGGUGAAGUUCCAAAAUGUAGAAGGCAAAGAAGAACCUGCUACUGCUGAAGAGUCCACUGAUGGAGUUCAACCUCUACAAUCUGAGGGGGCUUUUAAAGAAGUUCAGCCACCAUUAGAUGAGCACACAUUAGAAGCAGUCUCAGCAGAAAUUGCUGUGGUACUAGCUGAGGAAUUUCCUAUAGAAGAUAUCUUUAAAGGAGUUCAGCUUCCAUCAGCAGAGGAUGCUCCUGAAGAAGUAGCACCUGCAGAAGCUCCACCUGCUCCAGCUGAGGAGGCCCCUGCAGAAGCUCCACCUGCUCCAGCUGAGGAGGGCCCUGCAGAAGCUCCACCUGCUCCAGCUGAGGAGGCCCCUGCAGAAGCUCCACCUGCUCCAGCUGAGGAGGCCCCUGCAGAAGCUCCACCGGCUCCAGCUGAGGAGGCCCCUGCAGAAGUCCAACCUCCACCAGUUGAGGAGGCCCUUGCAGAAGCUCCACCUGCACAAGCUGAGGAGGCCCCUGCAGAAGCUCCACCUGCACAAGCUGAGGAGGCCUCUGGAGAAGCUCCACCUGCUCCAGCUGAAGAGGCCCCUGCAGAAGCACCACCUCUUCCAGCUGAGGAGGCACCUGCAGAAACUCCAACUGCACAAGCUGAGGAGGCCCCUGCAGAAGCUCCACCUGUUGAGGAGGCCCCUGCAGAAGCUCCACCUGCUCCAGCUGAGGAGGCCCCCGAAGAAGCUCAAGCUCCACCAGCUGAGGAGGCCCCUGCCGAACCUCCACCUGCUGAGGAGGCCCCUGCAGAAGCUCCACUUGUUGAGGAGGCCCCUGUGGAAGGUUCACCUGCUCCAGCUGAGGAGGCACCUGCAGAAGCUCCACCUGCUGAGGAGGCCCCUGCAGAAGCUCCACCUGCACCAGCUGAGGAGGCACCUGCGGAAGCUCCACCUGCUCCAGCUGAGGAGGCCCCUGUGGAAGGUUCACCUGCUCCAACUGAGGAGGCCCCUGCAGAAGCUCCACCUGCACCAGCUAAGGAGGCCCCUGCCGAACCUCCACCUGCACCAGCUGAGGAGGCCCUUGCAGAAGCUCCACCUGCUCCAGCUGAGGAGGCUCCUGAAGAAGCUCAAGCUCCACCGGCUGAGGAGGCCCCUGCCGAACCUCCACCUGCACCAGCUGAGGGGGCCCCUGCAGAAGCUCCACCUGCUCCAGCUGAGGAGGCCCCUGAAGAAGCUCCACCUCCUCCAGCUGAGGAGGCUCCUGCAGAAGCUCCACCUGCCCCAGCUGAGGAGGCCCCUGAAGAAGCUCUACCUGCACCAGCUGGGGAGGUUCCUGAAGAAGCUCCACCUGUACCAGCUGAGGAGGCCCCUGAAGAAGCUCCACCUGCCUCAGCUGAGGAAGUCCCUGCAGAAGCUCCACCUGCCCCAGCUGAGGAGGCCCCAGCAGAAGCUCUACCUGUGCCAGCUGAGGAGGUCCCUGAAGAAGCUCCACCUGCUUCAGCCGAGGAAGCCCCUGCAGAAGCUCCACCUGCCCCAGCUGAGGAGGCCCCAGCAGAAGCUCCACCUGCACCAGCUGAGGAGGCCCCUGCGGAAGCUCCACCUGCUCCAGCUGAGGAGGCCCCUGCAGAAGCUCCACCUGCACCAGCUGAGGAGGCCCCUGCAGAAGCUCCACCUGCUCCAGCUGAGGAGGCCCCUGUAGAAGCUCCACCUGCUCCAGCUGAGGAGGCCCCUGCAGAAGCUCCACCUGCUCCAGCUGAGGAGGCCCCUGUACAGGCUCCACCUGCUCCAGCUGAGGAGGCUCCUGAAGAAGCUCCACCUCCUCCAGCUGAGGAGGCCCCUGCAGAAGCCCCACCUGCUCCAGCUGAGGAGGUUCCUGCAGAAGUUCCACCUCCACCAGCUGAGGAUACAUCUGCAGAAUCUCCACCUGCUCCAACUGAGGAGGCCACUGCAGAAGCUCCACCUGCACCAUCUGAGGAGGACCCUGCAGAAGCUCCACCUCUAUCAGCAGAUGAGACCCUUGCAGAAUUUGAGUGUACACAGACUAAAGAGACUCCCCUACAAGGGGCUUCUGUUGGAGUUCAACCUGUAUCAGCUGAGGAGGUCUUUACCAACAUGGUUCCAGUUGAAGAUGGCCCUGCAGCUGAAACUGGGUCUCCUUCAUCUGAGAGGGUUCCUCUUGAAGAAACUACAAUGGAAACCCAGGUGACAUCAGUUGAGGAGAAUCCUGAAAAGAUCUCUGUUGAUGUUCAGCCUCCACAACCCGAGACUCCUGCUGAAGACUCUCCUGUUGUUAAACAGCCUUCCAACACUGAUAGGGUCUCUAUUCAAGAGUUUCCCAUGCAAGACACACCUGAUGAAGGUUCACUUCCUCCUUCUGAACAAAACCCUGAAGAUAAGACUUUACUAAAAGAACAUCUGUUGCCCCCAGUAGCAGGUAUCACAGGGAAAGAAUCAGAUUCUUCUUCUUUGACAGGUGAUAGAAACUCUGAAGGAACAGAUCCUAUUCCCGAAGGUGUGUCUAGGAGCAAGGGCUCAUCCACUAUCAAAAUAGCAGGUACCAUUAAAAUAGAGUUAAAAAACCCGCCCUCCUGA